AUGGAAAGCUCACAGGAGAAGCUGCAUGCUUUCAGUCGGGAGAAGGGGGACAGUUGCGAUGCCAUCCAAAACCACUGCUUCGGAGCUCCACGGAAGGGAGAUGCUGGGAUGAAGUGGUUCGGCGCGAUGUCCCACAGCACCAACCGAAGUAAGAGGAGGAGCAGAAGGGGCUAUUGCAGGAUUCUUUUACUAUGCUGGGCCAUCCUGGUGGUUCUACUCAUCAUGGCCCACCCCUCUGCCGCCCAGAAGCGAACCGGCUCGGAAAAGGUGCCCGUUCUGAACAUUGCCGUGAUCCUGGGACGCACGCGCUACAUCUCUGACCGGGAUAUUCGGGCAUUGUGGAGCAAAGAGGAUCCCAUCGACGUCAACGUAGUGACUUUGUUGGUGAACGAGACUGACCCGAAAAGCAUUAUCAAUCACGUGUGCGACUUGAUGUCCGGCACAAAGAUCCAUGGCGUGAUCUUCGGAGAUGGCACGGAUCAGGAGGCCGUGGCACAGAUUCUGGAUUUUAUUUCCUCGCAGACGCUCAUACCUAUCCUGGGUAUCCACGGUGGUUCUUCCAUGAUCAUGUCGGAAAAGGAGAGCUGCCCAAAAUUAUGUUGUACCAUCUGUGCCCAACCGCAAAACCUGUAA